CCUCAUUAGAAGCCCUGGGCCCCAACGGAACGGAGCUGACUAAACUGAAAAAAAUGUUGAAACUAAUCGCUGUAGUGCUGCUGUUCAGCGGCGUGGCCUUGGCAGCCACCAGCUACGAUGGCUACAAGAUCUACGACGUCACUGCUCGCAAUGCCUUCGAGAAGCAGGUGCUUCUUCGUAUGUCCGGUAAUGAGGAUUACGACUUCUUUGAUCUGCCCCGCUCCCUGGACGCUCCAAGCCGCGUCAUGGUGAAGCCCGAAGAUCAGGAGGGAUUCGAGCACCUGCUGGAGAAGUACAACCUGAACUUCUUGGUGGUCAAUGAGGAUUUCGGAGUGACACUGCGUCAGGAGCACGAGGAGAACCAGAACCAGAGAUUGAUGAACCUGCGUUCCGCUGGACGCAGCAUUAGUUUCAAGGCCUUCCAUCGCCAUGCCGAGAUCAAUGCCUACUUGGAUGAACUGGCUGCCGCCUAUCCCAGUCGUGUUACCGUCCAAGUUGCUGGCAAGUCUUAUGAGAACCGUGAUAUCAAGACCAUUACCAUAACCAAUGGCGAUGGCAAGACUGGAAAGAAUGUGAUCUUCCUGGAUGCUGGCAUCCAUGCCCGUGAAUGGAUCGCCCACUCCGAAGCCUUGUAUGUGAUCUACCAGCUGGUGGAGAACUUCGCUGUCAACUCUGAGCUGCUGAAGAACUUCGACUGGAUCAUCCUGCCAGUGGUGAAUCCUGAUGGUUAUGAAUACAGUCACACUACUACCCGUAUGUGGCGCAAGACCAGGAAGCCAAUCAGCAGUGCCUGCUAUGGAACCGAUGCCAACCGUAACUUCGAUUUCCACUGGGGAGAGGUUGGUGCCUCCAGCUACUCCUGCUCCGAUACCUUCAAGGGUGAGACUGCCUUCUCCGAGCCGGAGACUCAGCUGAUUCGCGAUCUCCUGCUCAGCCUGAGCGGACGUGGCAAGUUCUACCUGACCCUGCACUCAUAUGGCAACUACCUGCUGUAUCCUUGGGGAUGGACCUCUGCCCUUCCCACCAGCUGGCGCGACAACGACGAGGUUGCCCAGGCUGGAGCCGAUGCCAUCAAGAGUGCCACCGGUACAAAGUACACCGUGGGUAGCUCCACCAAUGUUCUGUAUGCCGCUGCUGGCGGUAGCGAUGACUACGCUUUCGGAGUGGCCAACUUCCCAGUGUCCAUCACCAUGGAACUGCCAGCUGGCGGUACUGGCUUCAAUCCCACCACCAGCCAGAUCGAGGGAUUCGUCUCUGAGACCUGGGUUGGCAUCAAGGCCAUGGCCCAGAAGGUGGCCGAAAAGUACUAGGCGAGUGCAAUAAACGUCAUCGAUAUUUCGUAA